AUGGCUGACCGCAACGCCCCUGCCGAAGCGCCCAGUCCCCGGGGCUCCCCGGGCCGGGUGCUGCGGGUCCCGCGCCCGGUGGGCCCGGGAGGCGGCGGCGGCUGCUGUGGGGAGACGCCGAGGACGCCGGCGCUGGCGCUGCGCUUCGACAAGCCCAUCAAGCAGGCCUUCUACAACACGGGGGCCGUGCUGUUCGUGUGUCUGUGUUGCGGCGCCGCCGUGCUCGUCUACUUCAUCCUGGAGGCCUUCCUGCGGCCGCUGCUGUGGGCCGUGCUGUGCGGCACCUUCUUGCACCCCUUCAAGAGCUCGCUGACGCGCCUGGGCCGCCACUGGCUGCAGCGCCUGCACCGCGCGCACACGCCCAUCGUGCUGGCCGCGCUGCUGCUGCCGCUCUGCUUCGCCGACUACGGCGUCGAGGCCCUGGGCGAGCAGGCGCUGCGCCGCCGCCGCCUGCUGCUGCUGCUGGGCGCGGGCGGCCCGCUCCUCUACGGCCUCUACAGCCUCGGCAGCUACCUGGGCGUGCAGGUGCUGCUGGCGCACGUCGGCGCGCUCAUCUGCCGCGGGCUCGACUACUUCAGCAGCCUGUGGAUCUGGACGUUGGUAGUUGGCUAUGUGUUGACUGUUUCAUUCAAGUGGAAUGCAAGCACUGAACGCUACUUGAGAGCAGUUUCAAUUCCUGUCUGGAUUAUAUUGCUUUUUCAUUUAGCAUCCCUGGCUGGCUCAUGGAGAAUUCCAGUGUUCCUGGUUAUUGUUUUCCUGAUGUCUGUGGGUACCCUCUAUGAGAAACAGAAUGGAAAAGAGUCUUCUGGAGCAGAGUUACCAGGGCAGGUUAUUUCCAUGGCAGCUUCUACUCUAGCGACCUUGGCCAUCUCCAUUACAGGGUACGAAUCCAGCCCUGACGACCCGCCCUCUGCCCAGCCUGCAGAAACCAUGGAUGGAGGAGAGCCCCCUCCAGCAUUAUCCUCCUCUCCUUCACCUUCCACCCCUUCACCCGCUCUGGGCAGACAGAGGCCUGAAAUGGGAACGUUUGUCAGGAAGAAGAAAACCAGCGACAUCUACUUCGUGUCCCUGGUGUGGGCCAUUAUCGGAGUCCAGCUCUGGCUGAACCUGUGGAUCGUACAGCUGCUACCGGUGCCGAUUGCAGUCUGGAUCCUCAAAAAGCUCGUUAUUCAUUUUGGAGUUGUGGACUUCCUGGAGAAACGCUGCCUCGUGUGGUGGCAGGCUGUGGAGCACUUCCUCAAGGAGCGGCAAGAGGCUCUCGCCCCGUGGCCAGUUGUUGGGCUUGGAAAAUUCUUGUUAAAAGUUGAUAGCAAGCUCUGGCACUGGCUAAAUAAGAAGAUGAUCAUCUGGUUGGAGAAGAUGUUAGACAAAAUAAUAAGCAUUUUCAUCAUAUUUUUGUUAGUAAUAGGAACUCUUCUGUUAGCUCUACUCCUGACUGCAAAGGUGCAUCAAGAGAGUGUACACAUGAUUGAAGUCACAAGCAAUUUGAUUAAUGAGACUCUAGCAAAUCACCCUGAGUGGGCAAAUUGGCUUCCUGAGGCUCAAGUAGUCCAAAGAGCCCUCAAUUCUGCAGCUAACAACGUGUACCAGUAUGGAAGAGAAUGGAUAACACACAAGCUUCAUAAAAUUCUGGGAGAUAAGGUGAACAAUACUGCUGUAAUUGAAAAGCAAGUACUAGAACUUUGGGACAGAUUGUAUCAUUCUUGGUUUGUAAAGAACGUAACGCACUCUGGAAGGCACAAAGGACAGAAGAUGCAUAUAAGUCGUCAGAAUAGCUGGCUGGGAGACAUCCUGGACUGGCAGGAUAUCGUUUCCUUUGUUCAUGAGAACAUUGAGACAUUUCUUUCGAUCUUAGAGUCUCUGUGGAUUGUCAUGAGCCGGAACGUGAGCCUGCUUUUCACCACUGUCACGACGCUGCUGACCAUCCUCUUCUACAGUGGGACUGCCCUUCUCAAUUUCGUGCUGUCUCUGAUAAUUUUCCUGACCACACUAUUUUAUCUAUUAAGUUCCAGCGAUGAGUACUACAAGCCAGUGAAGUGGGUGAUAAGCCUGACACCACUGUCUCAGCCAGGUCCUUCUUCUAAUAUUAUUGGCCAGUCUGUGGAAGAAGCUAUCAGAGGGGUGUUUGAUGCUUCCCUCAAAAUGGCCGGCUUCUAUGGAUUGUACACAUGGCUGACUCAUACCAUAUUUGGCAUCAAUAUUGUCUUCAUACCAUCAGCAUUAGCAGCAAUCCUAGGAGCAGUGCCAUUUCUGGGGACAUACUGGGCAGCAGUACCUGCAGUUCUAGACCUGUGGCUCACACAAGGCUUAGGGUGCAAAGCCGUCUUACUGUUGGUUUUUCAUCUCUUGCCAACAUACUUUGUAGAUACGGCCAUCUAUUCGGAUAUAUCAGGAGGUGGGCACCCUUACUUGACAGGCUUGGCAGUGGCUGGUGGGGCAUACUACUUAGGCCUGGAAGGAGCAAUCAUUGGGCCCAUACUUCUCUGCAUACUCGUGGUUGCUUCCAAUAUCUAUAGUGCCAUGCUAGUGAGUCCCACGAAUUCAGUGCCCACGCCAAACCAGACCCCGUGGCCUGCCCAGACUCAGCGGUGA